AAUAGCCAAGCCUCAAUCCCGGCUCCAACAUUAAAACCCUUUCCGCCCCCUAAAAUCCAGCAUCCGUGCAAGUUGGACCAAGAGUUUGUCAGGAGUGUGGUUCAAAACUGCUUGGAAAAAGGGAUGAGGACACCUGAUGAUCCUUUUGGAGCUUGUUACCAGAGACCUUCCUCUCUUCCUUAAAUCAUGCACCAUCCAGCCCUGAAACAUCCUGACCCUUCUUUUUGCUGACAGGAAAUAUCUUCAAACAUUGCUCUGCCUUUCCCCUCCAAGAGCUCAGCCCAGCACUAUCAGAAGGUUGCAGACAUUGCACUACCUGUUCUGCCCUAGGGCUGUUGAUGUCCUCAGCUGGUGUAGGAGAAACACUAGACCUGGAACCCAGUUUGUUACUGGAUCUGUGGAAGAGGAAACACAAAGGCUUCCCCAUGAACAACCGGAAGGAAGAGAUGGAGAUAGCUUCCCACUACCGGCAGCUGCUGCGCGAGCUGAACGAGCAGCGGCAGCACGGCAUCCUCUGCGACGUCUGCAUCAUCGUCGAGGGCAAGAUCUUCAAAGCCCACAAGAACGUCCUCCUGGGCAGCAGUCGCUACUUCAAGACUCUCUACUGCCAGGUGCAGAAAACCUCUGAGCAGGCCACCGUCACCCACCUGGACAUCGUCACGGCGCAGGGCUUCAAAGCCAUCAUUGACUUCAUGUACUCGGCGCACCUGGCGCUGACCAGCAGGAACGUCAUCGAGGUGAUGUCUGCUGCCAGCUACCUGCAGAUGACAGACAUCGUCCAGGCCUGCCACAACUUCAUCAAGGCAGCUCUGGACAUCAGCAUCAAGUCGGACGCCUCGGAUGACCUGGGCGACUUCGAGCUGGGAGCCCCUUCCAGCAGCAGCACGGACGCUUUGAUCUCGGCGGUGGUGGCUGGCAGGAGCAUAUCUCCCUGGCUGGCUCGGAGAACCAGCCCAGCAAACUCCUCUGGCGACUCAGCCAUUGCCAGCUGCCAUGAAGGAGGGAGCAGUUAUGGCAAAGAGGAUCCAGAGCCAAAAGCAGACAGCCACGAAGACGUUUCGUCCCAGUCCCUUUGGUCCAGUGACGUGGGCUACGGGUCUCUACGGAUCAAAGAGGAACAGGUUUCCCCCUCCCAUUAUGGAGGGGGGGAGCUACAUUGUGCCAAGGAUAGUGCAAUACAGACUGGUUUCUCAGAACAAGGAGUUGGGGAUGGCUGGCAGCCCACUGGGCGCAGGAAGAACAGGAAAAACAAAGAGACUGUGAGGCACAUCACACAGCAAGUGGAGGAUGACAGCAGGGCCAGUUCUCCAGUGCCAUCUUUUUUACCUGCCUCAGGGUGGCCAUACAGCAGAGACCCAAGUGCUGAUGUGACAGCCACAGAGCCCAGCAGCUCUGACAACAGAGUAGAGCGGCCAGAGCCUUUCAGCCAGGCAGAGGAAGCCCUGCUGGGGGGAGAGGGCAGCUACAGCUCCCAGCCCCUCACUCCGGAGAAGGAGGAUGCCCUCCAAGCCGCCACCGUCGCCAACCUGCGCGCAGCUCUCAUGAGUAAGAACAGUUUGCUGUCUCUGAAAGCUGACAUGCUGGGAGAGGACAGUUCCCUGCUGUUUGAGUACCUGCCCAAAGGCACCCAUUCUCUCUCUCUCAACGAGUUCACAGUGAUCAGGAAGAAGUUCAAGUGCCCAUACUGCAGUUUCUCAGCCAUGCACCAGUGCAUCCUGAAGAGACACAUGAGGUCCCACACGGGGGAGAGGCCCUACCCCUGCGAGAUCUGCGGCAAGAAGUUCACACGCCGGGAGCACAUGAAGAGGCACACCCUGGUCCACAGCAAAGACAAAAAGUACGUCUGCAAGGUCUGCAACCGAGUGUUCAUGUCUGCAGCCAGCGUGGGGAUCAAGCAUGGCUCGCGGCGCCACGGCGUCUGCGCAGACUGCUCCGGCAGGGGCAUCGCCCCGCACCUGGACCACAACGGGGCAGGGGGCUCCCCAGAGGAGUGCUACCCCGGGGAAGGGCAGUACAUGGAAGACCCUGACGACAUCAAGGUGGAAGGAGAGGAGGAGAUGGGAGAGGAGGAGGACAUCAAGUGGAAGGAGGACGUGGGAAUGUCACAGGAUGAUGUGAUUUUAGAUGACGACAAAGAUGUCGACUCUCCGCAGGAGCAGGACAACUCUGGGGAGAACGACAAGGAUUUCACCUGGAUUUCUUAGGGAAUUGUUUUGGUUGGUUGGGGUUUGCUUUGGUUGGUUGUUUGCUUGGUUGGUUGGGGUUUGUUUUGUUUGGGUUUUUUUGUUUUGUUUUUGUUUGGCUCUGUCAUUUGUAGGGGAAGGGAGGGGGAGGAAGGAGUACGUUGGAAAAAGAACUUCAGUAGCCUUGUUGUCGUCCAUGUGUGCAAAACAACUCUUGUGUUUUCUAAACAAGUCCUUCUCUGUCCCACUCAGACACUGUCUUAGCAACGUUGCUUCCAGCAACACAACUGACUUUGCCUUCCCCCACUUCUCCCUCCACCAGCAGCCCCAAGCCAGCCUGAGGUGUGAGCGCUGUGCCCUGGGGAGGCUGUGUGCAGCAUGAGGCCUCAGACCCUUCCUCCCACGCUCAGCCCAGCUCAGGGGAGAUUUGUGUGGCCAAAGCAGGGUUGGUUGGUUGGUUUUUUUUGGUGGUGGUGGUUAUUGGUUUAUUUUUUACCACCUUAGCUGUGUGCUGAAAUCCCAGCAGCAGUGGAAUUCCAAGGUAAGGUUGUGGAAGCAGAUGGCUGUGAGCCUUGGAGGGCUUCCCCCCAUGAAGCAGGCCUUUGGCAAAGCCAUUUCAGGAGAGCUUUUGGUGGUGUUUGUGGAGCCAAGUAGAUCAAGAAGAGAGUCAGGUUCUAGCCUUAGGAGCUCUUCUCUUAGAUCCUUUCCUUCCAAAGGAGUCACCAUCAGAGCAGGGAAGAUCUUGAGGCUCCUUGGUCCUGCUGGUGUCUUACCCACCUCCUGUCUUCCAGCCUCCAUGCUCACUGCCAUGCCUGAUGGUGCUGCCAGGAGCACCCUUUGCUCUAAGGGACGUGGGGCACUCUUUGCCUCUCCUCCUCCUCUGCAGGUAUCUUCACUCUGGUCCUUUGGCCCAGCUGCCUUUUUCAUAAAUAUAUGCAAACAGUAGCAAAAAAAAGAGGCAUUUAGCAGAGCACAGGAGGAACUGGGAAAGGAGAGAAGCCAAGGUGAGGAGA